AGUGGGUCAUACAGGACCUGGCUGCAACAUGAACACGCCGAUCCACUCUGAGUUCCAGCCGCCUUGUGCGUGGCUUUUCAUACUUUUUAACUCGCUCUUCUCGCGCUCGCAAUGCGCCUUCCACGGGAACCAGUGCGGUGAACCCACGGUGAUGAAAGUCACCGCACAUUCGCGCGGGGCUGCGGGAUGCGGCUCCACUUGAAGCCGGCGCAUGGAGAACCCAGCUAAGUAUCUCUCAUCGGUGCAGGGGACCGACUCCGCGCCGGCGCCGCUCGGGGACACGAUGUGGAACGGUACUGAAUCGGAGGCGACUGACGACGGCGGGAGGGACGUGGUGUUGCGCGCCGUGACGGGAUGUCUGCUCUUUCUUCUCAUUCUGUGGACGCUGCUGGGGAACAUCCUGGUGUGCUCCGCUGUGCUGCGCACCCGCCACUUACGCACCAAAGUCACCAACAUCUUCAUUGUGUCUUUGGCGCUGUCUGAUCUCUUCGUGGCGGUGCUCGUGAUGCCGUGGAAGGCUGUCGCGGAAGUGGCUGGAUACUGGCCGUUUGGCACUUUUUGUAACAUCUGGGUGGCUUUUGACAUUAUGUGCUCCACCGCUUCCAUCCUCAACCUCUGCAUCAUAAGCGUGGACAGAUACUGGGCCAUCUCCAGUCCUUUUCGAUAUGAGAGAAAAAUGACCCAAAGAGUUGCAUUUGUCAUGAUAAGCAUCACAUGGACUUUAUCGGUGCUUAUUUCAUUCAUACCUGUCCAGCUCAACUGGCACAAAGCCAACGGGGACGACAUCGCCGGGACACACAACUCCACGUCAGGUCGCCAAACGGAGGAGAACUGCGAUUCCAGUCUAAGCAGAGAAUACGCCAUCUCGUCAUCUUUGAUUAGUUUCUACAUCCCGGUAGCGAUAAUGAUUGUGACUUAUACCAGAAUAUACCGGAUUGCCCAAAUCCAAAUCCGGAGAAUAGCUUCUUUGGAGAGAGCCGCAGAACACGCGCAAAGUUGCCGGACAAACAGAAUCGAGUGCCAACACCACAACACUUUAAAGACGUCCAUUAAACGGGAAACUAAAGUGUUCAAAACCCUAUCUGUUAUAAUGGGGGUCUUUGUGUGUUGUUGGUUGCCGUUCUUUGUUCUUAAUUGCAUGGUUCCCUUCUGCGACAAGACUCCCACAGACCAGGAUGCAGGCCUGCCGUGCGUGAGCGAGACCACCUUUGAUGUGUUUGUGUGGUUCGGUUGGACCAAUUCCUCACUCAAUCCCAUUAUUUACGCAUUCAACGCCGAUUUUAGGAAAGCUUUUGCUAGCUUACUGGGAUGUCGUUACUUCUGCUCCAGUACUCCGGUAGAAACCGUGAACAUCAGCAAUGAGCUGGUGUCCUACAACCAAGACACAAUGUUCCACAAGGAGAUCGCCAACGCUUACGUCAACAUGAUCCCCAACGUGGUGGAAUGUAUCGACUGCGAGGAGACUUUUGAUAGGCUCUCGCAGUUUUCCGCUAAUAAUGACGCCACGGAUUCGGUGUGCGACUUGGAGGACUGCGAGGCCGUCGUCAGUCUCGAUCGGAUGUCACCGUUCACACCCAAUGGAUUACAUUAAGUUCUUGUCGUUCCUUGUUAUCAUGCCUAAUUGGAUGUUGCAUCAUCAGUACUUUCACUUCCUGAUAAUGGCGGCCCAUACAAGUAGGAGGUACACUGGAGUUCGUUUCUGUCCCUUGAGGCAUAAUUACUGCAAAAGUGAAUACUUCACGGUAACUCGGUGUACCUUUUCCAAGGGAGUCCAAACUCGGGUACGCUCCACUCCGGGGUGACAAGCCAUUGUACUCCCAAAGACGAAAAUGACAUCAGAGUGACUUACUCAUGCACACUCAGGCAGGUGUUCAAUCCUGCUGCCGCUUUUGCCUCUUGUGUGACGCAUACUCUCGUUGUUCUGAAAGUGACGUGUAGGUGUUCAUCUCCAUGACAAGUGAAGUCUGUCUUCAUUUGUUUAAAAGGUUCGAUGUCGUUGAAACUGGUGUUCUUCUUUCUUCAAGGCUUGUCUCAUGCCUGUCCGCAAUAGGAAGAGGGAAAUAUUUGUAAAGAUCACUUAACAUUGGAAGAAAGAGGAAAAAAAAGACUUAGUUGAGUAAUAAAUCGGAUGUUUUUGCAUCAUUUUUACAGAAUUCCAAUCCUACUGUAAUUUUGAAAGCUAUUUUUUUUCAUUAGGUUAAUUCAAAAAGAGAAACUUACAUUCUAUAACAGUGGUCAUCAAUAGGUGGCCUGUGGGCCAGCUUAUUAUUUGGCCUGCCAAACAUCACCUAAAUAAUGUAGUCGUCCCUCACAUUGCACUUUGAAUUUCGUUUUUCACUCUAUCACGGCUUUUCAAAGGAUAUGACUUUGACUAAAGCCAAUAUUAGUACACGUUUAAGUAAAUUCUACAUAUUUUGAGCCUAAAUUAAGCAUAAAAAUGACAACUAUAUGACAUUCAUUGAAAGACACGUUGAUAUAUAAUAUUCUACACUGGUCACUAUGUGUCGGUAAUGUUACUUCAGCUUUCUUACUUUACCAUAAGAAGUUCCGGAAGUGAAAAAAACAAGUAACUCUCCUAAUGCCAACAUACAGUAAACCUCGGAUAUAUCGGAUUCAAUUGUUCCCACUGGUUUUGUCCGAUAUAAGCGAAAUCCGUUAUAUGCGUAUACCGGAAAAUGUCCGUUUUACGCAUAUAUCGGAUUUAUAUCCGGUAUAUGCGUAAAUCGGAUUUUAUCCGUUAUAAAAAGGCACUUCCUUGACUAUGUUUCCAAUGUACCUGGACGCGCAGGAAACGCUGCAAACGCUGCAAAUGACGUCGUAUAGCGGCCUGUCACGAUUCGGCGAAUCGGAGCGCCACGAUGCGGCCAUCCGAUAUAUGCGAGGGAAAUUUAAUGGAAAUGCAUUUGAACGGGACUGGAGAUUUUGUCCGAAAUAGGCAAAAUCCGUUAUAAAAAAUCCGAUAUAUGCAAUGAAUUUUUAUUGGAAAUGCAUUACAGAAAAAUUGGUUCUUUUUAAUCUGUUCGUUGUGAGCGAAUUUCCGAUAUAUCCGAGUCCGAUAUAUCUGAGGUUUACUGUAUGUGAUUCUAUAUUAUAACUCAUUUUCUCUGAUUAUGUCUACUUUUUAGGGUAAUACAAACGUAAAGGUGACUAUAGGGUUGUUAUUUUACGUCAGUAGAGCUCUUAUAGUGUUAAAAACUCCAUUUAGAAGAUCAAUUAACUACAAAAAUAUUUUAUUUAUGAAUAAGGAAUACUACUUUGCGGAAAUUUACUUAUAUCAUGAUCGGGUCUGGAGCCAAUUAAUAUCGACUGUAAACCCAAGGUUCCCAAAGUGGAGUACAUGUCAAUUCCCCAGGGGUAUGUCCAUUGUCAUAGGAGGUACCUGAGUAAAAAUGAAAAACAAUUAGCGCCCAACACUCACAAUUACGAGUGCGCCUGAACGCCUCACAGUGCAGAGCGUACAGUCAUAGCAGAAACAAAGAAGAAGAGUUAAAUGUGACUUAAGAGGCUUUAUCGCUGGUUGUAUGUCAUUUUUGUACUUUGAUUAAUGCUUUAUGAUGUUUGUUAAAAUUUCCCUGUCAAUUUGGUAUUCAAAUUAAUAUGCAGAUUUAAAUACAGCAUAAAGUGGACAAACUGAAGCUCAAGUUCAACCCAUUUAAACGUAAAGGACGCCAACAUCCGGCUGCAUCACAUUUAAAGAAAUACCCUGUAUGGAGAUAUAGUGCAAUAUGAGUCUAAUAACACUGACAAUGCAGUAUAUAUAUAUAUAUAUAUAUAUAUAGUAUAAUAUAUAUAUAUAUAUAUAUAUAUAUAUUAGUUUUUGCACACAUUUUCAUUAAUUUUUUUUAAACAUUACCAUUCAGUCCUAUAACUUCACUACAAAUAGAGUACAUUUUUGAUGAUUAUAAUUUACAGCUACUAAAAAUGCCAAAUUCAGUAUGUCAUAAAAUGUGCAAUAUUGUCAAAAAGUUGAAUUUUGUGGCUCACGCUCAAAUCAGAAAUGAACUGCAAAAACCUCCUGAGCUUACAUUUUGCACAAUAUUCUGAUAAGUUGAGAUGCGCUACACACAUAUAUGACAACCUUUUUGCUGCUGAAUAAUGCAUCCCAAAAACCUGCCUUACUGAAAGUGCAAACCAGACAGUUUAAUCCCAUGCAGUCAGUUGAGCGCCUUAUAACUUAUUUAAAGAAUGAAAUGUGUUGUACAGAGUUGAUGUUUCAUGAUGCCAAAAUGCAGUAAUUGAAGUGUUUACCUGUAUCCUGCGCCCCCCCCACAUGGCUAUUGUGGGACGGUUAUGCGAAUGGGGGAAUAUUAUCCAAUUGCACAAAAUCAACAACAGUCAAUUAUCAGUGAAAUUAUCAGUAAAAGUGACCAAAGAUGGUUAGUGUUUCCAUGGACGACGGAUGACGGAUGCAACUGGAUGUCACGGAUGUCUGGAUGCAUGACCUCACUUCUCCGUCAUUUGUAUUGUACAGGUGACCUGAAUGUAUAUUACUGUCCUUUA